AUGCUCUCAUUGUCAGAGGCACAAAGAGUCUUUCGUACAGUGAGAGAGAGAAAUCCUUCCGAUUCACAGAGAUCAGCCCGUUGGAUCAGCAUGAUGGAUUGUAAUGUGUUUCUUCUGCUGAAACUUCUACUGAUUUCAGAGUUUCACAGCCACUGUUCAUGCUUUUCACAUCAGUACCAUUUUGUAAACAUAAACCUGACCUGGACUGACGCCCAGGCUUACUGCAGACAGAACUACACUGACUUGGCUACCAUUGACAAUAUGGAGGAAAUGAAAAGACUAAUUAGGUCUGUAGGCUCUGAUUAUACUGGGGAGGCUUGGAUAGGACUGAAGAAUGGAACAUCGUGGAGAUGGCAGUGGCCCUCAGGAGAAGGAGACACAGGGUACACCAACUGGGAUACGGGUGCACAGUACAACCAGAAUAAUGGCCUGUACUGUGUUGGGAUGCGAGACGACGGUAGUUGGAAUAAUAUUAAUUGUUCAUAUCAAAGUACGACGGGGUAUUUCAUCUGUUAUACUGCUCCCACCUGUAAUAACGGAGUAAAUAAUACCUGGAACUUCACCUUGAUUAACCAACAUAUGAAUUGGUCUGAUGCUCAGAGCUACUGCAGAUACAAUUACACAGACCUUGCCAAUGUGAGGAACCAAGAAGAUAAUAAACUGAUACAUAACGUGGUUACAAGUGGCACUUGGGCAUGGAUUGGCCUGUUCCAGGACACAUGGGGAUGGUCAGACCUGUCAAACUCCUCAUUCCGUAACUGGAAAACUGGUCUAAAUGAUAAUGUGGGCGACACAUGUGCUUUAGCUCAGGUCACCUGGCCUGGGACAUGGGAUGUGACUCCAUGUGCUGAAAAUCAUCCAUUCAUAUGCUAUGAUGCUGAACCCAGCUUUCUGACAAUCAUCUUACCUUCUGCCCCAGAUAACCUGAUCUUGGUAAAUAGUAACAUGACCUGGAAUGAAGCCCUGAAUUACUGCAGAACGUACUAUUCAGACCUGGUGUCUGUCCACAAUGAGGAGAUCCAGUACUGGGUCAGUAGGAGAGCUGAGAAGGCCUCCACUGAUCAUGUCUGGCUGGGGCUGCGCUUCUCCUGCUACCUGAACUUCUGGUUCUGGGUCAGUGCAGAAAAUGUCUGCUACCAGAACUGGGCCCCAAACAACAUAUCCAACAGUAACUUGUGUGGAACCACAGGGGCAGUACAAUCUAAAAACUCACAUUACUGGGUCAGCCUACCUGAGGCUAAGGAGCUUAACUUCAUCUGCUCUAAAUAUCCAGGGGGCUUGGAGCCUAUGUACCCAGGCAGGGAACAACCCACAACAGGCACCAACCCAUUACAGGGGACAGUCACACACCAUUCACUUACACAACUGGAAGAAAACCCAGGACAACACGGGGAGAACACGGGGGAAACUCCAUAUCACAUGCAAGGAAAAGUGGGGAUUCCUUGAGGUGUGAGGUGACAGUGUUAACCACUGAAGCACCAUAUCACCCCCAUCAGUAAUAUCUGAUUUAUUAAUAUAUAAUUGUUGGUAGAAGGUCAUAUUUAUUUUUAACAUAGAAAUAUGACUAAUAAUUUUUUUAUCUCUAACCUGCUUCUCAAAGUCCCUCAUCUCCAGCAUUGUUAUCAGUUCAGCAUGUUCAGCGAUGCGUCACAUUGUAUUGCGUUGAAUCGUAUUGUGCUGAAUCAAAUUGUGUCAAUUCACACUGAAUCGUAAUAAGGGUGAAUCACAUUGUACUGCAUAAGUUGCUGCUUCAUAUGUAUCUUUAAUGUAUUGGAUCUUCAGCAAUGCAUGUAUCUCAUUGGCCUCAAUGAUGGAGAUUUACAUCCCCAAUAUAUAUGCAUUUUGUAAUUAAACAGCAGCAAACAAUAAGCUCAGUAAUGUCUUCUGAAUUAUAUUAGUUAUAUGUCAUAUGUUUAUUGACAGGAAGUUGCUAAAUAUAUAACUGAAUAAAGGUACUAAUAAAACUCACCAAAG